AUGAAGGUUGAAUUAUUUUUUGCGGUUAUUAUUUUCUGGAACAAGAGCUGCAGUCGCGCUAAAAGCUCCUUUCGAGAGGAGAGAAGUCUUGUUUACCCCUCGCCAUCCCAACUAAUCCUGAUUUUCGGUCUGGGUACGCCCUUGCAGUUGGACCGAGAGAGCGUUAUCGUCGGUGCAUUUACGAAAUUACUCUACAAUCUACCAUCAAAUGUUACCGACUUAACUUCACCAGGGACAAUAAAUUACCGGGAUGACAAGAGCAAAACCCGGUGGAAUAUUUACAAACAAUUUGAAAAAUUAUCGGAGCUGUACGGAUUGGGAGGAAAAGUCUGCCUGCUGAAAGCGAUAUGCCAAGUAACUCACACCCCCUUUGACCACAACCACGGUCUGCUCGGCCAACUUAUUCAGACAUUCUUAACGCCCUCAAGCACUGCCGAGUCUUACGAGAACCACGAGGAUCAGGAAUACCAUUCUGCGGAAAAACUCGGCAGGCACGUGGGCGAAUUCUGCCACGCCCUAUAUCCGGAAUGCACAAGAACCGUGCUAGACGUAUUUUCAACCACGAUGGAGCUUUUCUGA